AUGCCGUUUUUCUUCUUUGGCGUGCCAUGGGCCCUCGGAAGCCUGGUGUUCUAUCGCAUAGCUUUGCAUCCAUUUCGGAACUAUCCAGGGCCAUUUCUAUCAAAAAUCUGCGGUCUGCCCACGCUAUAUCACGCCUGGAAGGGCGACUUGCACUACCAUCUCUACCACUUGCAUUGCAAGUAUGUACGAUACUCGCCAAAUAAACUAUCUAUCAACGAUGGCCAGGCUUUGAAUGAUAUAUACGGAUUUAACAAGAACUGCGAAAAGCCGGAGAAAUUCUACAGCGCUUUCCGGGUCAACAAACAUGCGAUUAACACAUUUAACACAAGUUCCAAGGAAGAUCACCGUCGCAAACGCCGGAUUAUGGCCAAAGGAUUCUCAGAUUGGGCUCUCGCAACUUAUCACGAUGCUAUUUCCGAGCCUGUCACGGCACUUGCUACAAAACUGGGAGCAUCUGGGCUAUCUCCUGAGUGGCGGGCGUUUAACUGGGCCCACGAGGCUAAUUGCCUGAUGCUUGACAUUAUGGGCCGCCUCUGCUUUGGUGCUGCAUUUGGUUUUAUUGAUGGAAAGGGUGACCAACUCCUCCCCGAUUUUCACCGGCGCGCUUUGCGAAUUUACAUGACAGCCCAUGAGCCUCUCCUAAAAGAGUUGUACGUGGACCGCAUCCUUUUUCCACAAUUGUUCACAGCGAACACGGUGCUUGCGGAUUACGCGCGUUCAUACACUAUGCAGCGCGUGAAUAAGUACAGGGCCGUCGAGGGGGUACAGGAAGUGGCCGCCCAUCAGGACAUCCUGUCCCAUUUGUUAGACGCCCGCGAUGAAGAGACAAAUUCUGUGUAUAGCGAUAAUGAGUUACUAGGAGAGGCCAUCCUUCUUCUCAUGGCAGGCUCUGAUACAACAUCAACGACCUUGACUUCGACAAUCUUUUAUCUCGUCCAUCACCAGAGCGUGCUGGGAAAACUCCGGGCUGAGCUGUACGACACCUUUAAAUGUGCGAGUGAUAUAGAUGUCCUCGCGGCCGAGAACUGCAAGUACCUUCGUGCAUGCAUCGACGAGGCGAUGCGUCUUUGUCCGCCCUCUCCAACCAACAUUCCUCGUCGGGUUGGACAGGGCAGCAUGAAGAUCUGCGAAUCAUUUUAUCCCGAAGGUGUCUACGUUGGUGUGCCCAACUUCUCUCUCUUUCGUAACGAGGAAUACUUUAAGCAGCCGCACGCGUAUCUGCCCGAGCGCUGGAUUGUCGACUCAAGCACUGGCGUCGACGAGGAGCAGGUUAACCUCUCGCGGUCCGUCUUUAAACCCUUCUCGCUAGGCCCGCGACAUUGUAUUGCACAGCGAUUAGCCCUCAAGGAAGUAACCUACGUGAUCGCGAAAUUGGUGUAUCUUUUAGACUUCCGGAUAGUGGGCGAUAGUGGUAAGCUGGCUAGAGACACCUUGCCCGGCGUUGGCUCGCAUCUUGUCCUGGAACAGAUCGAUGUUUUCACCAGUUUGGAGAAUGGUCCCAUGAUUGAAUGGCGGCAGCGGCUGAAAGAAUAG